AUGGAAUAUUUCGUACUACAUAAAUCACGUUUCAGUGAACAAACCGAUCAUGAAUUAGAUGCAAAUCGUUGUACAUUAUCCUGUUCUAAAGAACGUGAAUGUGAUGUACCAUUUGCUUUAGUUAAUGAGCAAAUUAAAACAAUUUUCAUUCGUCGAAAUAAUAAUCAUCAUCGUCCAUCAAUGGAUUAUAUGAAUAAAUUUACAAAUCUUUUUUACAAAAAAUUCUCAUGA